ACAAACAACAACACCACACACAUACACGCGCUUUGACAAAAACGACGACAAAGAAGUGAAAAAUUUUUUUGCAUCAAUUUUUAAGAAAAACCAUACAUUUUGCGUGUAUUUAUAUAAAAAUUUAACAACAAUAUUUAAGAAAAACAUAUUAAAUUAAAAAACAAAUACAAUAUGCCAAAACCCAGAGGUGGACAACGUCAACAAUAUAAUAGUGGUGGCAGCAGUGGUUCACGUUUUCAAGCCCUAAAUGACUAUCAAAAUGAUCAUGAUGAUAGAGACAAUGAUGGCCGUAAAAAAGAACGUAAUAACACCAGAAGAGUUAGUUUUAAGCCUUCGGCCUUGCAAAAACAAGGCGGCAUCAAAUCUCGUCUGGCGGAGAUGGCCGUACGCAAUCGUUUGGAAGAUGAUGAGGAUAUGGAUGGUUUGACAACAAAUACUUUGUAUGAAGAUCGUCGCAACUCCCGCCGUAAGGGUUCACCUAUACCCAAAGGCAAAUUUGGCCAGUCCCGUAAAUUAGCACCUAGUCAAUUUGGAUGGUAUCAAGUGUCGAUGACCUACAAAAAUCAAAUUAGAUAA